GAGAGCCAUUGAAUUGGAUCCGCUGCCAAAAGCUCGCUCUUUCACUCUGGGAGACCUCGCCGUCCGGUUGUUCCGAAGCACUCUGUCGCCAACAUCAAACCCUCGUCGACAAACUCGACACCAAUUCAAUUUCCGCAGCCAUGGACAAAUCUGGGGUUCUUUACACGUAUGGUGGAAACUUCAGAGCUCUGAAGGUACUCAUCGCCAGCGGCUAUUCUGGCGUCAAGGUUGAUGUUGACUCAAAGUUCGUAUUUGGAGAGACCAACAAGUCUGAUGACUUCCGAAAAAAGUUCCCCGUUGGGAAGGUGCCAGCCUAUGAAACUAAGGAUGGAAAGACACGUAUUAGUGAGAGUGACGCCAUCGCGUAUUUUGUUGCGGAUGAUGCGCUGAGGGGCAAAGGAGACGCGGACAGGGCACAAGUUUUGCAAUGGAUUUUGUUUUCACAGACCGAACUGCUUCCAGCUAUUUGUGGAUGGUUGUUCCCCUCUCUGUCUAUUAUGCCUUUCAAUAAGGAUCAAGUUGCAAAGGCCAAGUAUGAAACGGAACGGUGCCUCACUUCCUUGAAUGAGUACCUAUCCACGAGGACGUACUUGGUUGGCGAAUCUGUAACUUUGGCUGAUAUUUCUGCAUUUACGACACUUGUGGAUUUGUACAAGAAUUUGUUAGAUGGUGAAACCAAGACUCCUUUCGUCAAUGUCAAUCGGUGGUUUGACACGAUCCUGAAUCAGACCAAGGUCCAAGAAGCUUUGAAGAAAUAUAGCUAUCAAUUUUCAUACUGCACAACCCCUGUCAAGGUCCCUGUCAAGUUUGACCCUAGCAAGCUCAAGGAAGUGACUGGUGGUUCUCAACAACCCGCCGCCAAGAAGGACGACAAAAAAGAUAAGAAGAAGGAGGAAAAGCCCAAAGCGGCCCCGAAGAAGGAGGAACCUGAACCAGAAGAAGAGAUGGACGCAGCAGAGGCUGCUUUGGCUGAGGAACCAAAGUCCAAGGAUCCCUUGGACGCUCUUCCUAAAGGAACCUUCAAUAUGGACGACUUUAAGCGAUUCUACUCCAACAACGAUGUUGAUAAGUCCGUCCCUUACUUUUGGGAAAAGUUUGAUCCAGAGAAUUACUCCAUUUGGAUUGGAGAGUAUAAUUUCAACACCGAGCUCACCAAGGUAUUCAUGAGCUGCAAUCUUAUCUCAGGCAUGUAUCAACGUUUGGACAAGAUGCGUAAGAACGCGUUUGCAUCCGCUUGCCUGUUUGGUGAAGACAACAACAGCACCAUAUCUGGCCUUUGGGUCUGGCGUGGUCAGGACUUGGCUUUCACUCUUAGCCCAGACUGGCAAGUUGAUUAUGAAGUUUACACCUGGAAAAAGUUGGACCCCAACUCUCCAGAAACGAAGAAAAUGGUCCAAGACUACUUUUCGUGGGAGGGUACUGACAAGGAAGGCAGAAAAUUUAAUCAAGGAAAAAUUUUUAAGUAGACAUGAAUGACACUUUCUUUGAUUUUAUGAUAUGUUUUCGUUUGUUGUAUUUAAACUCGCAAAAGGAAAAAUAAAUCCUGCCAUGGAGUGAAAUUAUUA